GUAUGUACUCGACACAAACUCGACACGGCAAGCGUGAACAUCACAGGAGGAUGGAUAGAGUGAGGGUUAUCGCUGCCCUGGCGGCGUCGGCAUCAGUUGCCAACGGCUUCGCAUUCGCACCGUCCGUGCGAUGCGCGGGGAACGUCCGACCUGGUGCGUCAUGGGUUGGAGAGGCACAAUCUGCACGGUCGCGGGUAGCGCCAUGCCGGGUGAUGACGGAGGUGGAUGAGGUGGUUGGGACGGAAACGGAGGGUGACUUGGAUGGGGACGUGUCUUUUGUGGAGCCUCCCAACCGGUUCGACAAGAUCAAGGCGCAGUACAAGGGUGUGACGACCGCCUUAGAUCUGUCGGAGGAGACAGCAGCAUACGAAGACUUCCAGACGCUUCUCACAGACAACAAGGUCAGCUUUGAGAGAGGAGAAAUCGUCAAGGGGACCGUUAUCCAAUUCGAACCAUCGGGGGCUCUGAUUGACAUCGGGGCGAAGGCAACAGCGUACAUGCCCGCGCGCGAGGCGAGCCUGGAUGAAGUGGAGUCGAUGGAGGGGCUUCUGGAACUGGACGAGACGAUGGACGUGAUGAUCAUCUCGGACGAGAAUGAAAUGGGGCAGGUUCAGGUUUCUAUCCGCCGAAUCCAGUACGAGAAGGCGUGGUCGAAGGUGGAAGAUAUGCAGGCUGAGGACGUGGUGUUCGAGGGUCCGAUCAUCGCUGUCAACCGCGGUGGAGCCAUCGUUCUCGUUGAGGGGCUCCGCGGCUUCUUGCCCGGAUCACACAUGUGCGGUGGGCUCCCGACCGAAGAUGCGGUUGGAAAGGUCAUGAAGUACAAGUUCCUUGAGGUUAACGCGGAGAACAGCAAGCUGGUAGUGUCUAAUCGCCGUGCGGUACUGGAGCAGGAGAUGAAGGAGCUCUCUCGCGGAGACGUCGUGGAGGGUCACGUGAAGGCCAUCAAGCCGUACGGAGCUUUCGUGGAGAUCCGUGGCAUGUCUGGGCUGCUGCACAUCUCGCAGAUCUCGUUCGACCGCAUCGAGGACCUCCCAUCCAUCAUGCAGAUGGGCAUGAAGCUCAAGUGCAUGAUCAUCGACCACGACAAGGUGAACGGACGUAUCGCACUCAGCACCAAGACCUUGGAGCCCGAGCCCGGAGACAUGAUCAAGAACCCCCAGAAGGUGUACGACAUGGCCGAGGCGACCGCUGCCAAGUACCACCAGCGAAUGGAGCACGAGCGCAAAGCCCGCGAGGAUGCCGCCAAGAGCAUCGUCAUGGGAUUGGGUGACGGACUCGACUCUUUCGACUCCGAUGUUCUGGCGGGCAUCGCUGACGGGAUCGAAUCCGUGCUUCGCGCCCCUAUCGGGGAAGGCGACAACAGCAGCGAGGCAUAAUGAAGAAGGCGUGUGCAGCAGUGCCUUACAUCCGCAUGGCGGUUCGGUGACUUGUCUUUUUCCAUCAGUGCUGCAGCACAAACGUUUGAUCAAACCCGUGUUUUACUUUUUGUAAGAAGUUCAAGUCUCGAGGCCGUUCACCUAGCCAAGUACAUGAGAUGGUAACCUGUGUUGAAUUUCUUUUGGCUUUUAGAGGUUAUACGCAGUGAACACAUUUUUUGUCGUUGAAAAUAACAGGUAACUUUUCAUGAAGGACAUCGCCGCAAGACCUUGCGCGUGUAUGAUGGGUGUUUGUUUUGUAGCCCCAUUCUAAACGUCAGACCUUGCGGCGUGACAAGGACCAGAAUAAUCUCUGGCGCACAGCAGUGGCGCUCUUUUUCAGUGAUUUGGCCAAGCGGAAGAAACAGUCAGGGCGGGAGCUGGGGGGGCGUGUCUAAGUAAGUGGACGAGCUUGCAACUUCGCCCACCAUGUACCCCAAAUCCAGAACAUUCUCUCAGAUGCUUGUGUGAAGAUGUGGCUUGAGUUGGUGCUGCCUAGAUGCUUUGGAGAACGCGAGUCUUAGUCUUCGCUCGUGCUGCACGCACUUCCUCAACUGGAGCCAACACGAGAGCAGGGUACACGGAAUUGAAAAUAUUGCAAGAAGGAGAAAAUACCAAAGACCCCGCAUCAACCGCAACAAGUACGGUUUUCGACUAGGCCUAUUCUGAAACGCAGAUAUGCGUCAUGUUCCACUUAAUUACUGAAAUAGUUGAAAAAACCUAAACCCUCAUGACGACCUUUCGUGCCACCACGGCUACAGCACACACAACGCCUGCGACGAAAAGUGCUUUGGUCACAGUUGCCUCCCUCUUCACUCCUCGCAAGAUUUCCCCGUACGACAUCUUGUUCCCGCUGAUGGCCAUAAGUGAAGGGGGUGUGAAAACCUUCGGAGCCAAAAGACCAAGGGUCUUGUUGAGGAGAACCGUCAUGAGUAGCUGAGCUGCGAAGGCAGGCCGCAUGGACCUAGCACCCCCCAUCCCUUCUUCGCUCAGUUCGCACACGGCUACGGCAUCCUCGAACCUCCGCUCGUUGUAGGCCUCGAGGACUUUGGGCACGUCGACCGCUUGUCCCACCGCCUUACC